UAUUUAAUUAAAACAUUUAAUGGCGGAGCAGCCUCUUUUUAUAACUGAAAAUAAACAAAUAUUGCCUACUCUAGAAAAGAUCCACCCUGAUCAAGCCAAGAAUAUGUAGGAACUUUGCAAAGAGAUGGAAGGUUUAAUAGAUUAAACUAACACAAAUGUAAACCAUAUGUUGAAGUCUUAACAAAACAGCAUCCUCAAUGCUUUUAAGCAAGUCUUGGAAAACAUGAAGAAAGACAUAGAUAGAAUUAAUGAAAAGUUUCAUUAAUACGUUGCAUUUCAUGAAUAAGAAUCCCAAGUAAAUGAAUCAUAUAUAACCAUAAAAGGUAGUAAACGCUUAAAACAAAAUGGUAUUCUUUAGACAAGAAUGUCAUACUUUAAAUGAAUAAUGUAAAUAAUUGAAGCAUAAUGUCUAAACACUUGCAAAAGCAAAUUAAUUUUUAGAAAAUGUAUUUUAUUAAGCUUACUUUUUAGGAAUUGAUGUUCACUAAAGAAGCCUUAUUAAAAUAGGUUUAGAAAAAUGAAAAACUCAAACAAAUUAUUAAAAAGUUCAAAGAAUAAAUGAAUGAAUAUUCAGAUUUGAGAAACUAAAAUCUUAAACUAUAACCGACCGAGUCUAAGAUGUUAUAAGACUACCAGUAGCAUAUCUAGACUAGUGUGAAAAGGGGCAGAUAUGAUUCUUCUCAUAAUAAGAACACUUCAAUUAACUCAAUACCUAAUUCAGAAACUAAAUCGAAAUUUAUUUUUUCUUAAUAGACCAGAGCUUAAAGUCUAUAAAAAAGUAUUUUGGCUAAAAGAUCAGGAAUAUUUGAAACUGGUGUUUUAGAUAAAUCUUAGCAAUAAAACCAAACAUUUGAAUACUCCAGAUAUCAUUCUAUAAAAUAUGAUAAUGAAAAUCAUCAGUGA